GUCUCACUUCUCAGGAAAUAUUUUAUAGCAGCGAAGUAGGAAGAGCGUGAGAUGACCGUUUCCCUCGUGUCCCUUUCUUUCGUCGUCUCCGAUCAUCUCACGCGCUAGCUCGCUGCUGCUCUUUCCACUCGUCCGUCGUCGCCAUCAACAACCAACGCAUACAUUACAUAAACGCCGCGGCCAACGUUCUCUUCUCCAUUUCCAUUUCGUCGCCUCUGCUCGGCUCAGUCAGCGAGAGCUCAGCUCGCAACAACUCCCCAUGGCCGACCGCGUCCACCCCAUGCCGGCGCCACCGUCUCGACGACCCGACCAACCAUCAACCGCCGACGCCGAAGCCCCCGCCGCCGGCGCGGCGGAAGCGGCCACGGAGACCACGCCGCUGCAGCUGCACCCGUCGUUCCACGAGCGCCCGCUCUCGCCGCCCCCCGGCACGUACAUCAUCCAGGUGCCCAAGGACCAGGUCCUCCGCGUCCCGCCCCCGGACCGCGCGCGCCGCUACAAGAAGCUCGCCGCGCGCCCGGCCCGGCGCCGCCUCCUCCGGCGCGCCUGCUGCUGCUCCUGCGCCGCCGUCCUCCUCCUGCUCCUCCUCGCCGCCGCCUUCGCCGGCGCCGUGUACCUCGUCUUCCGCCCCCGCGCGCCCACCUUCUCCGUCGCCUCCCUCUCCAUCCGCGGCCUCGACAACCUCACCGCCCUCUCGUCCUCCUCGACGCUCUCCCCCGAGCUCGACGCCGCCGUGCGCGCGGACAACAGCCGGAACAGGAAGGUGGGCAUCGACUACCGCGGCGGCGGGAGCGUCACGGUCUCCUACGCCGGCGUGCAGCUCGCCACGGGGCGGUGGCCGGCGUUCCGGCAGCCGCCGCGGAACGUGACGGUGUUCGCGGCGGCGAUGAGGGGCCAGGGCGUGCGGCUCACGGAGGAGCAGGCGAGGCAGCUCGCCGCGGAGGAGGCGGCGGGCGCCGUGCCGCUGGCGGUGGAGGCGAGGGUGCCCGUGCGGCUGCGGUUCGGGAAGGUGCUGCGGACGUGGACGGUGGACGUGAAGGCGCGGUGCGACGUGGCCGUGGACAGGCUGGCCGGGAACGCGGCGGCGGUGAACAGGGGGUGCAGGGUCAGGGUCAAGCCGCUCUGGUGGUGGUGGUGAUCGCUCAUCGCCGGCGGCGAUCGUGACUGGUAAUUACUAGGAGCAACGGUGCAUUGAUCACAGAGAUUACUGCCAGGUUAUCUGUGAAGAAUUUUCUAGAGAAAUUUUUUUGGGGUGUAUGAUAUUUGGAGUCUAUGUCAAGUGUGAAGGAAGGCUGUCGGUAAUUCAGUAUACAGGAUGCACCACCGGUUGCAUCAGAUGUUAAUGGUGAGAUGAAUAUUACAGAGAAAUUGAUGUUACUGUACAGAAGAAGAAAAAAAAAAGAAAGGAUUACUGCAUCAUUGUACUU